GCGAGGUAAACUUUUGUCCUGCGCGCGAAUCACCGGAAAUAUCCGGGGCGUAUAUGGAAGAUUUUACUGAGCUAAGCUAUACACUUAGACUGUGAGUGAACCGCUGGGAGACGGGUUGGAGCGUGGUUCUAAGAGCGUACCCAUUAUGUCACGCCGACGCCGAUGCCGCCGGCUGCUGACACUUGUGGUGGCGUCUUUGAAUGGUGGGUUGCGGUGUCAUUCAAUGUGUUCCAUCAAACUGGACAAUGCUGGCCGUUGGUAUCUAUCUAUAGAGGCUGGUAUCCUGCCUACUGUUGGUACUACUGCUCCAGUUUCGAAUGAAAUGCCCGUUAGGGGUGCGCCAUUACUACGGGUGUCUCUUUCUCACUUAGGGUUCCCGGGAUUCCCAAGUUCAUAAAGGAUAAAAGCCAGCUGAGAGUGUGAUUAGGUUCCCCCCCGGAACGAUGGCAGACGAAAGAGCCGACAUCUACCUAC